AUGCGUUCCGUUUUCUCGUACCCUAUCUGACAGUUCUUUUUGUUUUGUGUUUGCAAUUUGCUGCUGCUAGAUUAGAACCGUUUUCAGUCUCGGCAAAUACGGAUUAAAACAACAAUGAAUACGGACGAUUCACUACCCCCGGAUUCGGAUCCGGAAAUUGAAGAGUGUUUAAAUCGAAUCAACUAUUCUCGGGAGGAUCUUUUGGUUGACGAUGACUCUCUUGGUGCUGUAUUGUCAACUGAAAUGAUUGAAUACAGUUUAAGCUUGUCCGACACCGGGAUGGAUAUCAGCAAAGCAGAAAACGUUGAUCAUCAACAAAGUGAAAGCAGAUUUUCUCAGAACAAAUUGCCAGAAGGAUUGCUUGGUUGCUGGUUGCUGAUUGCGGUACGGGAUUUUAAGGGUCAUAGUUCCGGCAAGGAAGUUGGUAAAUGGGGAGUCUCCGGAAAUACUGCCGAGCAAUUCACUCAUAGUUGUUGGCUGCUGGCGAAAAAUUUUUUGAAACGAGAAGUGAUUUUUACGUGCGAUGAAAGAGGAGUGGCAAUGCCUGUUUGGAGCUCCAAGCCGAUUCCGGAAGAGGGCGAUUUUAUCCGUUUUGCGUUGUUUAAUGAUAAAACCAACCAUAGAUGUUACACGGUAGAUAAAGUCACCCCUACACUUUUACAGAAUUGGAGAAACAAAGAAAUCCAUCUAUUACUGCAUGUUUAUUCACUUUCUGUCAACAACAAGAGCGUUUUCAAGACAGUGCGCGAAGUUUUGUUGGAGCCGGAGGAACGUGACAAGGCUGGGGCUGCUUCGAACCAAUCAGUUGCGGUUCUUGCGCAAAAAUUGCGAGAUAUCCAUGGUGAUAAAUGGGAAGCAAAGGACAUUGCGUGGAUGAUGUGGGCUAAUGCCAUUUAUACUUCAGAGUUUCACUGCCAAGAAAGGUUGCUACACGAUGCUCCCCCCGCACAUUUGGUGAAAUUAUUUUCGGUUAAAGAACAGCCUCGUUUGAAAGCAAUUCGUCGAGGUUUUGCUGUUGCCCAUAGUGUAAAUGCUGGGUAUCAUGACGAUGUAGAAUCACUUCGUGAAGCCUUUGAGGACAUGCAACUAACUGCUCAAAACAUGAUUGUCAAAAUGCAAUCAGUGAAACGGCACCUAGAGGCCCUUGAGCAACGAGACCGAAUCGGCGACACGUUCAUUUCAGCAGCGGAAGAAGCAAGUGGAGGAAACAGACUUUGGAGCAUUUUUAGCCAGUCGCGUAGAGGAGAUGGAUGAUGUCGAUCAUCAAUGAUGAUUUUGCUCAUAACAAAAAAACAAUUUUCCUUUUAAAAUGUUUCUUUUUAAUUACCAAUGUUCUAUUUAAUAAGAAAACAUGUAUAAUUUUUAAAAAACGAUGUUUAUAUUUAAAAAAAUAAACUUUUUACUUUCGCUUC